GCGGCGGCGGCCGGAGCACGGGGAGAGCCGAGCGGGGCCGAACCGAGCCCAGCAGGGGCCGAACGGAGCCGAGCGGGGCCGGGCAUGAGGAGCGGCGGGCGGCGGGACCGGCAGCGCCCCCCGCCCGGGGCCGGUUCUUCGCGGGGAGCCCGGCGGAGCCUCCGGUGACCGGCUGCUGGCCCCCGGCGACCCGCCGCCGCCUCCGCUCGGUCCCGCCUGAGCGGGGGACCUGGGCUAUGCGGUGGUGGCUGCGCGCCGCCGUCCUCAGCCUCAUCGCCGGCGCCGACGGCACCGGGCAGAACGAGCCCCGGUCCGUGGUGGGGCGGGUCGGGCAGAGCACGGUGCUGGGCUGCGGCCUCCCGGGAGCCCUCGAGAACCGGCCGCCGCUUUACGUGAUCGAGUGGGUCCGAUUCGGCUUCGUCCUCCCCAUCUUCAUCAAGUUCGGGCUCUACUCCCCGCGCGUGGACCCGGAGUACGUCGGUCGCGUGCGGAUCGAGGAAGGCGCCUCGCUGCGCAUCGACCUGCUGCGCGCCGAGGACCAGGGCUGGUACGAGUGCCGCGUGCUCUUCCUCGACCGGCACAGCACCGACGCCGACUUCCAGAACGGCACCUGGGUCCAUCUCACCGUCACCGCUCCCCCCACGUUCCUGGAGACCCCCCCGGCGCUGGUGGAGGUGCGGGACCGGGACGCGCUGAGCCUCACCUGCACGGCCAUCGGCAACCCCCAGCCCAUCGUCAGCUGGAGGAGGAGCGACCUCCCUGUCCGGAGCGGGGCCGCGGUGCAGGUGAGGAACGGGACGCUGAGCAUCGCCGUGGUGGAGCGCGCCAGCGCGGGCGCCUACACGUGCCACGCGUCCAGCAGGGAGGGCACCAUCACCCACACCACCCGUGUGCUCGUGCAGGGGCCACCCGUCAUCGUGGUGCCACCCCAGAACAUCACCGUCAAUGUCUCCCAAGAUGCCUUCCUGGCGUGCCAGGCUGAGGCGUACCCGGGAAACCUCACCUAUACCUGGCUCCGGGGCAGCACCAACGUCUUCCACCUCAGCCACCUCCAGGCUCGGGUCCGUGUCCUGGUGGACGGGAGUCUCCUGCUCCAGCAAACGACCCCGGAUGACGCUGGGAAAUACACCUGCACCCCCAGCAACGGGCUCUGGAAGCCGCCUUCUGCCUCAGCCUUCGUCACGGUGCUGUACCCAGCGCAGGUGACCACGAUGCUGCCGGAGACCCACCUUCCCAAAGGGAUGCAGGGAGUGAUCCGCUGCCCAUCCCGAGCCAACCCCCCUCUGCUCUCCGUCAGCUGGACCAGGGACGGGCGCCCGCUGGAGCUGGACAAGCUCCCCGGAUGGUCCAUGAGACCCGAUGGCUCCAUCAUCAUCGCGACGGGGAACGACGACGCGCUGGGGCUGUACACGUGUACCCCCUACAACAGCUACGGCACCGCCGGCGAGUCCCGGCCCACCCGUGUCCUGCUGAAGGACCCCCCUGCCUUCACGGUGCGCCCCAAGGAGGAAUACUUCCAGGAGGUGGGCCGGGAGCUGGUGAUCCCGUGUGCAGCCCAUGGUGAUCCCUCACCCACCAUCACCUGGAUGAAGGUUGGCAGCGCGGGGAAGAGCUGGAGCAGCGCCCGGGUGGAUGGGAACAGCAGCCUCGUGUUCCACCCGCUCAUCAAGGAGCAGCACGGGCUCUGGGAGUGCGCGGCCACCAGCGCCGUGGCCACGGUCCGCGCCGUCACCUCCGUCCAUGUGCUGGGGACCAGCCCUCACGCUGUCACCAACGUCUCGGUGCUCCCGCUCCCGCGGGCUGCCAACAUCUCCUGGGAGCCAGGGUUUGAUGGAGGCUACUUCCAGAGGUUCAGCGUCUGGUACACGCCGCUGGUGAAGCACCCACCCCGUGCUCAUCACGACUGGGUGUCGCUCUCGGUGCCGGUGGGGGCUCAGCACCUUUUGGUGGAGAACCUGCAGCCAGACACGAGCUACCAGUUCAGCGUCCUGGCCCAGAACAAGCUGGGCAGCGGCCCCUUCAGCCAGAUCGUCACCUCCGUGCCCAGGGGCUUCCCAGUGACCACAGUGCCUCCGGAGCCGCCGGCUGUGACCGUGCUCGUGCUCCUGUCCCCGCCGCGGGCGCUGAGCGCCAACGCGACGGCGCGCGGGGUGCUGCUGCGGUGGGAGCCGCCGGCGCGGCGCUCCGCGGCGCUCAGCGGGUACGCGCUGGAGCUGCGGCAGGACCGGGGCGCUUGGGAAGUGCUGGAUCGCUCCAUCCCCAGCACGAAGACCCAGGUCCUGGUGCCGGGACUCAUCAAGGACGCCUUCUAUGAGUUCCGACUGGUGGCCUUUGCUGGCAGCUACAUCAGCGAUCCCAGCAACACAGUGAACAUCUCCACAGCAGGCAUGGAGGUGUAUCCGUCCCGCACGCAGCUGCCCGAGCUCCUGCCGCAGCCGGUGCUGGCCGGGGUCAUCGGUGGGAUCUGCUUCCUCAGCGUGGCCGUCAUCUUCAGCACCGUGGCCGCCUGCAUCAUGAACCGGCGCCGCGCCGCGCGCAGCCGCAAGCGGAGGCAGGAUCCACCACUCGUCUUCUCCCCCAGCAAGAAGCUUCCACCUCCACACAAUUCUCAUGGCUCUGGUAGCCCCGACAGCACCGUGAAGCUGAAGCUGCAGCCGUCUCCCUACCGGAGCCUGCACCGGACGCUGCUGUGGGGCGAGAAGGCCGGUACCAGCCUGGGCCUGAGCAUCGCCGGCUCCCGGUACAGCGCGUGUGAGAGCAGCGCCGGGGAGCACGUGCCCCUGGAGCGGAUCCGCCGCGGCCCCGACGGGCGCUUCGUGGUGGAGCCCGAGCCCCCGGCACCGCAGCCGGAGCCCUGCCUGCAGCUGGCCCAGGAGGAGGAGGAAGAGGAGGAGGAGGAGGAUGAUGAGGAGGAGGAGGAUGAGGAAGAGGAGCCCAUCUGGCGCAAGGGGGUCUCGCUGCGCCCCCGGCCCGCGGGGCAGCCCCCCCGGGGCUCCUGGACCAGCAGCUACCGCCGGGGCCGGUACUUCGGCUACGGCAGCAGCAGCAGCCCCGUGUGCGGCGCCGCCGCCGCCUUGUGCAUCAUCGACGUGAGCCCCGUGGCCUCCGCCGCCACUUUGCCUUAUGGCACCGCCGAGGAGCCGCGCGCCGGCCCCGGCAGUGCCCUGUGGGACUCGCUGCCCCUCGAGGGCUCCCCACAGCCGCCCCACAGCCCCCCCACGCCCCCCAGCCCGCAGCCGCCGGCCCGCAGCGGCAUCCUCCAGUUCCUGAGCCUGCCCUUCUUCAAGGAGAUGUGCGUCGACGGCGACUGGCCGCCCGUGGAGGAGCCGCCGGAGCCCAGCACCGCCCCACCGGAGCCCCCCACCGCCCCACCGGGGACCGAGGGCUCCCCACAGCACGUGGGGCGGACGCUGUGCCCGGACUGCAUUGACACAUGUGCCAAAGCCACCACGUUCCUGGAGCCCCCCAGCCUGCCCCUGGGUCCUGCCAAGGCAUCGCUGCCCGGCACCGCAGCCUGGCCCGGCCCCACCAGUGCCGGCAGCACCAGGACUGAGGCUGUGCCCGCAGCUGGCACCGCGCAGCCCAGUUGGGCACCGGGUAAAGCACCGGAUGCCCCCGCGCUGGAGAAGCUGCCGCGGGGCAGUUUGACCAGUCAGAGCAGCGGCCGCGGCAGCGCCUCCUUCCUGCGGCCACCGUCCCUGGGGGGCAACGGCCCCGGCACCCCCCCGGGCUGGAGCGGAGCCGCCGCCGUGAGGAUGGAUCUGGCUCUUGGUAGCGCCGGGAAGAGGAGGAACACGUCUGUGGAUGAGAACUACGAGUGGGACGCGGACUUUGCUCUGGAAUCCGACAUCCUGGAAGCGCUGCAGCUCUACCGCGGCGGGACCCCGGCCCGGCCCGUCUCCACCAUCGCCCUGCGCGACCUGGAGCGGCAAAGUGAACCCCCCUGCCCUGCUGUCACCAUGGCAAACCGGGGACCAUCGUACGGGCUGAGCCGGGAGGUGCAGCAGAAGAUCGACCGUCAGUACGACCCCGAGCUGGAGCAGGUCCUGGUGCGGUGGAUCCUGGCGCAGUGCGGCAGCGACGUGGCGCAGCCGGCACCGGGCAAGGACGGCUUCCAGCAGUGGCUCAAGGACGGCACCGUGCUGUGCCGGCUCAUCAACAGCCUGCACCCGCGCGGGCAGGGGCCCGUGGCCAAGGUGCAGGCGUCGGCCAUGGCCUUCAAGCAGAUGGAGCAGAUCUCACAGUUCCUGCAAGCGGCCGAGCGCUACGGCAUCGCCGCCACCGACAUCUUCCAGACCGUGGACCUCUGGGAGGGGAAGAACAUGGCGUGUGUGCAGAGGACCCUGAUGAACCUGGGCAGCCUGGCUGUGGCCAAGGGCGAUGGGCUCUUCGUGGGAGACCCCAACUGGUUCCCCAAGAAGUCGCAGGAGAACCGGCGCGUCUUCUCCGAGGACAAGCUGAAGGAGGGGCAGAGCGUCAUCGGGCUGCAGAUGGGCACCAACCGCGGCGCCUCGCAGGCCGGCAUGACGGGCUAUGGCAUGCCGCGGCAGAUCCUCUGAGCACCCCCCCACCGCCUGCCGGGGGGGGGGGCCGGACCCCAAACUGCCUGUGCCCCCCUUCCCCCCCCCCCCCCAAUACACCCCAUUGCGGACCAGCUGGGCUCCCCGCCCCCCCCCCAGUAUUCCAGGACCAAAAAUUGUUUUUAUAUUAUUAUUAUUUGGCCGGUGCCGCUGCACCCGCCCCCCCCCCCGCCCCACAAGUGCCUUUGGGGGUCACGGUGCCCCCCCCCCCCCGCUGCUGUGUUGGGGGGGCACCCCCCUGCACCCCAAUAAACGGCUCCUGUUGUUUCCAG